AUGGAGCAGGGGCGGUACUUACUUAAAAGAGACUGUUACAGGGAGCUGGAUUUGUACUGCUUAAGAUGGGCGCCUAGGGAGUUGCAGAGAGCGGAAGAGAGAUAUUCAGAGGCGGUUAAGAGAUCGGCGGUUGUGGAGCAGACGCCUAGGUGGCGCGAUCCUGUCCGUCCGUUGAUGGGGCUGCGGGAGAUCGCCACGUCAGCAGGCGUGCAUGAUGUUGUGCUGUCGGUGGUGCUGCAUGCGUGGUGGGACGAGGAGGGGAAGGAGAUGAGCUACAGAGAGGCAAGAGCCAGCAACGGUGCCGGCAGUGGCAGUGGUGGUGUUGGUGGUGGUGGUGGUGGGAGUGGGAGUGGGGGAAGUGGGUCGUCACGAGCGCCUGACAUUGUGCUGCAUGCUGCGUUGCAUUUGCUGGCAUUGGCUCUUGACGCUUGCAUGGCUUGGCAGGAAGCUGAGGAGAAGGAAAGGGAGAGAGAGAAGAAGGGGUGGGACGGGCAGGGAGGAGCGGAGGAAGGGAAGGGAGAGAAGGUGGGGAGAAAGAGUAGGGAAGGUGGAGAGGUCGAGGGGAUGAUAAUGAUGGAGGUCGAUGGGCGUGUGGGAGGGAAUACGAGUGGUGCUUGGAGUGAAGCAAGAGAAGGAAGCGAAGGAGCGGAGGUUUCAGGUUCAGGCAUGGAAGUUGAUGGGACGGAUUGGGUUGGAGGCCGAGACAGGACAGGAGGGGCAGGCAGGGCAGCCGCUCCUGCAGCUGUUCAGAAGAGACAAACCUGGCCACCGGCGCUUCUGUCCCGAGCAUGCCAGCCGUUCGAAGCACGGCUUCCUGACAGCAGCAGCAGCGGCGGAAGCGGUAGUGGCAGCAGCAGCAGCAGCACGGCCGCUGGGCUGUUCGCCCUGCUGCCAGGAGCCGCGUUCUCCUCCCACUGGUUCCGCGCUUCCCAUGCUGCCCCGGUCUCCCUGCUCGCUCUCCUCGUGCUCCUCCUGCGGUGCUGGCAGCGCCAGGCAGGGACGAAGCACAGCACUGCUGCUGUUGCUGCUGAUGGCAGUGCCGGGAUGGGUUUAGGGUUUGGAGGAGACGUUAGUAGGGGAACGGAAGAUGAGGAGGGCGGAAGCGCAGCAGCUGGGGGGAGGUCGGGUGGCGCAGGAAGAGGGGAAGGGGGGGAGGGGCGGGCGGAGCUGCAUGUUCUAGUGUUACGGCUGCUUAAGCGUUUCUCUCAGCUAAGCGACGAGUGCAGGAGGGCUCUGGAGGUGCUGUGCCCGGAGGAGUUUGAUAAAGGAAAGGGGAAGGCUGUGGUUGGAGGGGGCGGGGGAGGGGCUGGGGAAGAGGGGGGGGCAGCGGCAGCAAGGGCAGGAGCAGCAGGGGGAGCAGGUGUGGGGGGUGGGGGCGGUGUGGGAGUAGGGGGCAGUGAGACAGAAGCUGGAAAGAGUGGGAGGGGAAGUGGUGGUGGUGGUGGUGGUGGUGAUGGUGGUGGUGGUGGUGGUGGUGGUGGUGGUGGUGAUGGUGGUGGUGGUGGUGGUGGUGGUGGUGGGGGUGGUGAGGAGAAGGGAGAGGGAGGGGCAGUGAGUGAAGCUGAUGCAAGGAAGGCAUUUGCUCGGGCAAGGCAGCAGGCGCUGCUGGUACGUGGUUUAGUGAGUGGGGCGUGGUCGUGGGUUACUUGUUUAAGUUCCUUAGAAUUGCUCGGGCAAGGCAGCAGGCGCUGCUGGUACGUGGUUUAG